AUGGCAAGCGAACAACAACGAGACAGAUACUUCCGAUAUGGGCAAGUUAAGGAGAGAAUAGCUUACAUUGAGCUUCAAUUACAACAUUUGAAUCUGCAAAGACUAGAACAGAUAGAAGCUGAGCUUGCACAAACUGCAGAGAAUCAGUUAGACCAGAAACGUCUGCUGGCCACGCGGGGUUCGGAUUUGAUGAAGACGAGGAGAAUUUUGCAAGACGAAAUCCAUCGUCUGAAUGCUGAAGCUGAUAGGUUGGCAGAACGACUGCGGCAGGAGGCAUACCAUAGAUUUCAUUAG